AUGCAUUCAUUGUUACUCCAUUUGUAUACAUCACUUGUUCUUCUUCUGCUUAAUUUUUCCAAAGCUCAAAAUUCAAGUACUAGUAAAAGCAGCAAUAAAAUCGAUUUUAAUGUCGGAGUGAUUCUCGAUUUGGCUUCACCGGAGUCGCCGGUGGGGCGUAUAGGAAUGAGCUGCUUAUCGAUAGCCCGUUCCGAUUUUUAUUCGCUCCAUCCCGACUAUAAAAGCAGGCUCGUUUUCCAUAUUCGAGAUUCUAACAAUAGUGUCGUUGAUGCUGCAGCUGCCGACAUGAUCGACAUUGCAGCUCUCGAUUUGCUGCAAGAAGUCAAAGUGGAUGCAAUUAUCGGCCCUCAACAGUCAACUCAGGUUGACUUUUUGAUGGAUCUCGGAGAAAGGGCUCGUGUUCCGAUUAUAUCCUUCUCGGCCACGAGCCCUUCUCUGGUCCCACAAAGUCCUUUCUUCGUACAGACAGCUCAAAGCGACGCCACUCAAGUUCAAGCUAUCGUCUCAAUAGUCGAAGCGUUUAAGUGGGCCCAAGUUGUUAUUAUGUACGAGGAAACGGAAUUCGGAAACGGGAUUAUUCCUUCCCUCUCCAACUCGUUGCAAGAUGCACACGUUCGAGUUUCUUACCGAAGUGUUUUUCCUAAAUCGGCCACGGACGAUUUUAUAGGUAAAGAGCUCUACAAAAUGAUGGCAAUGCAGACAAGGGUAUUUUUGGUACACACGUCGCAAUCUCUCGGAAAACGGGUGUUUCUAAAAGCGCGAGAAUUAGGUAUGAUGAGCGAGGGGUACGUGUGGAUUGUUACGAGUGGAUUGACCGAUUUAUUCAAUUUGGUCGAUUCCGAAGUUGUUGAAGCCAUGCAAGGGGUUAUCGGGGUGAGGCCCUUAAUCCCGAAAUCGAAGGAAUUCGAAUCCUUCGCUUCUAGAUGGUUACGGAAGUUUCUUCUGGCAAACGAGAAUCAUACGAUGAUCAAGCCGACCGAAGUGAGUGUGUUCGGUCUUUGGGCUUAUGAUACUUUUUGGGCCCUUGCUAUGGCGGCCGAAAGAGUUGGGAAUAACAUAACACACGUAACGAAAAAUGGAGCUGACGUGGCACAUGCGGGCCCGUUCGCGGUGGAAGUUUCGGAAACGGGCCCUAAAAUUCUAGAAGCAUUACUAAAGAUCAAGUUCCCAGGACUUGCCGGAGAGUUUAGCCUCGUUAACGGACAAUUGGAGCAAACAUCGUACGAGAUAGUUAAUGUUGUCGGAAGAAACGAGAGGCAAGUGGGAACGUGGGCCCCGUCUAGUGGAAUUUCGAAGAAUUUAAAGAGUAUAAUAUGGCCCGGGGACUCGACGAAAGAACCUAAAGGAUGGGAAAUUCCCGUAAUCAAUGGUAAGAAACUAAGAAUUGGUGUGCCGAAAAAACCCGGUUUUAACGAGUUUCUGAAAGUCGAGAUAGAUCCGAAGACUAAUACACCCAACGUUACUGGAUACUAUAAAGAGGUUUUCGAUGCCGUAAUGAAAAGUUUACCGUACUAUGUACCGUGA